ACAGGACCAACUCCUGCCUAUCCAGAAACUGGUUUGGUUUUUGGCGCCAGUUUAGGCUCAUUUAUUGGUGGAUGGGUCCGUAAUCAUUAUCCAAUUCCACAAAGUAUUAUUGAAAUUUCGACCAACUCCAUCGCCGUUUCACUUCAAUCAAGUCCAAUCAUUUUAAAUAUUGUUCGUAUCGUUUUGGGUCUUGUUAUCGUUGGUUUGGCAAAGGUUCUAUCAAAGAAAUUCUUUUUCUUUGCAUAUGAUCUUGCCUAUAGAGCAAAUACAAAUAAUGAUCAAUCUCAACCAAUUACAGCCGUUUCUUUUGACCCAAAUAAAAAAUUAGUUGUCACUCCAAUGAUUGAAGCCUACUCAAAACUUUUUGUUUACUCUAUGGUCAGUUUUUCAAUUUGUUACAUUGCACCAUAUAUUUUUUAUUUAUUAAACAUACAAACCCCAAUCGAUUUAUCAACUCUUGUUUAA